UCGGCUGCGCGGCUGCUUUUCUCUUCUCUCUCCGUCGUUCUGGUGUUUGACCUUCUGACACAUACAGCGGUUAGAAUUCUACUGUUUUUCACUGGAUAACAGAUGUCACGGCAUCAAAAAAUGAGCAGUUUGACGGCGUGUACGGAACAAUUUGCAGACAGAAUCACCUCGGAGCCUGUGGAGGACAUGGACACCACCAGCUUUGUUGCAAAAUUUUCCUUGGAGGCCAAUUAUCCAGUGCAAGUGACGGAUCCUCAUGACGCCGUGACCCUCCACCUGAGCGCCAUGUCAUCUGGAUACCUGAACCCUCCUACAGACCGAAUAACGCAGCCAGUUGAGGAUAGUGAAGAAUGUCCAACAUCUACUUCUCCAGAUUACCCCAAAGAGCUGCGCUUCUUAAACAGCUCCUGUGAAAAGUGUUGCUGCCCGGCUCCGCCUCCCAAGAUCAGCGACCUGAUGAACGACAAAGAUCUUCUGGAUUUACUGCGAGUCAAACUGGACCCAAACCACUGCACCAUCAAAAACUGGAAGAACUUUGCAAGUCGGUGGGGAAUGAGCUACGAUGAACUGACCAUGCUGGAGCAUCGGACCCAAGGCUCGCUGUCUCACAGUCCCACCCAAGAGUUCCUGCUACGCUACAACCAGAAAACAGUCACCGAGCUCACCGAACUUUGUCGCAUCUACCAGCGUAUUGAUGUGCUCCGACUGCUGCAGAGCUGGAUAGAGAAGGACUGGCCGUCACGCUGGCAACAGACUCACUAACUCACAGCGUUUGACUCUAUAUUUAUGUCAUACAUGCUGUAACAUGUUCUUCUCCAUCAGCAUGGAUGAAUUUUUCCAGUUUAAGAUGAGUAACUAGUGAGUGGGGUCACAGUCUACGAGCACUUGCUACCGAUUAACACUUUGAUGUUUUAACUUGAUUAUUGCCAACCAACGCUGAGGGUGUUUGUCACAAUGUCAGUAAUAAUUAGUUUAGCUCAUUUAAUGCUCUUCUGCAAUAUAUGGAAAUGAUCAGGAUGCACAAAAAUACAUACAAAAAAUGUAUACCCUUUAGCUAUUAAAUUUAUCUCUAACUUGGCCUGAAAAUGAAAUGUAUAAGAAAACAAAUUUGAAAACUAACUACAAAAGAGAUUGUUUCAUGUCUUUCAGUUUUUUAUGGUUGGAUCAGAUUUUUUUUAAUUGUUGUUACCUGAGAAUUAAAUAAAACGUGUCACAUCUUCAGUAACUUUUUAGUUCAUGCACAAGAUCUUAAUUCGCAACAUCGUCUAGAAUAGGUAGACCCUUUUCAUAGGUUGAACUUUAUGUAUCCUAUAAGCAGCAAAAAUAUAAAUGUAACACUUUUUGUUCACAAUUUCACAAAUUGAAGUAAAGCCCUAAGAUUUCA